AUGUUUGCCACGGUCGUGCGACUCGCGCCCGUGUGCGUAUCCAAGCCCGCGCUUCGUCGCGGGGCGUCUGCACCCAAGCUCGCGCCUCAUCGCGUCGCGUCACUCGGGUAUCCUCGCCCUUCCGUCAAGGCGAGGGUGAACCUCAAGGAGGACUUGGAGAGCGUCGACCCGGGUGAGACAAAGGAUGCUCUCCUUAAUGGCGACGCCGGCGAGAAAUUCCAGGUGGCCGUGGGCAUCGGCGGUCUCGUCGCCAGCGGGAUCAUGACCUGGUCACUGGUAACCCUGAAGGACACAGGCUGCGGACUGCCCCCCGGUCCCGGAGGCGUCCUCGGGGCACUCGAGGGUGUAUCUUAUCUUUACGUGGUCGGAUUAAUAGCGUGGAGCGCCAUCACGAAGGCCAAGACCGGCAGCGGCCUGCCCGCCGGCCCCGGAGGCAUCCUAGGCGGGGCGGAGGGUAUCGCAUACCUGGUCGCCCUCGGCGGUGUCGUCGUCGGCGUCAUGCAGGUGACACAUUUCGGAUUUAUCCCAAACGCCAUCCCCGUCGAAGGCGGACCCUGCUUCUCCCCGUAAGUGCAACGGUAAGUGCUAGUCGCGCAGUGACUCGAGUCCGUCUGUGAGCUAGGUGUUUGUGAGGUGUAUUAAAAAAAUGUAAGUAAUCGGUAAUA